AUGAGCUACAACCCAAGACCAUUGCCUCAAAAUGCAUUGGUUAGACCAUCCUAUCCGCCACCACAACCUCAUUACCAACAUCCACAACCACACUAUCAAUCCAAACCACACCCUCCACACCACCAACAACCUCCUCAAUCCCAACCAAGUAGCUCCGGAAUGUCUCUCGGAGACAUUGUUAAAUCCCUAGCCACUAGCACCCAACAAUUCCAAAAAGAGACAAGAACUAGUAUCUCUAACCUUGUAGCGCAAAUGGGAGAUAUAGUUACAUCCAUAAGCAAGUUGGAGUCCCGUGGGAAAUUUCCUUCUCAAACCGAAAAGAAUCCUAGCGUCAAUGUGGUGACCUUGAGAAGUGGCAAAAAAAUCGGAGAAAUUAGCUCAAAGAAGAAGCCAAUGGAUGAAGAGGAAGAAAUAAAAGUCAUUCCCAUUGAAUAA